CUGGAAACGAGUAUCAUUGAUUAAAUACAUAUGUAUUUAAUCAAUGCGAGUAUUGAACAAACAAAACCUUAUCAGAAUAAUCUUGUAUUACUGAAAUUAUAACACGAUGAUUGCGCACUAAUUGCUUUUAUUUGACUUUGACAGUGCGAGAUUAACACCAUGGGGCGGAAAGUCACCCUGGCGUGCGCCACCCUCAACCAGUGGGCGCUAGAUUUCGACGGGAACCGCGAAAGAAUCCUGGAAUCAAUCCUAGAAGCGAAAGAUUUGGGGGCGACGUUUCGUACAGGCCCGGAGUUAGAAAUAUGCGGCUACAGCUGCGAGGACCAUUUCUACGAAAGCGACACGUUCCUGCAUUGCUGGGAGGUGUUGCUAGAACUACUGACAGCCCCCUUAUGCAAGGACAUGAUAAUCGACGUUGGAAUGCCUGUAAUGCACAAAAACGUAGCCUACAAUUGCCGUGUCGUCUUCCUCAACCAAAAAAUUCUUGUAAUUAGACCUAAAAUGAGAAUGUGCGACGACGGCAAUUACAGAGAGUCGCGCUGGUUUUCCGCUUGGAGCAAAGUCCGGCAGACAGAGGAUUAUUUUUUGCCUAGAAUGAUCUCGAAGUUCACUGGUCAAACAACGGUGCCAUUUGGAGACGCGGUUAUUUCGACAAGGGACACGUGUAUAGGGUUUGAGAUUUGCGAGGAAUUGUGGAGUCCGGCUAGCACUCACAUCAGUAUGGCUCUGGAUGGGGUGGAAAUUAUUUGUAACAGCUCAGGGAGUUAUGCAGAGCUGCGCAAAGCCUACGUUUCUGUGGAGCUAGUCAAGAGUGCCACUCUUAAAGCUGGAGGGUGCUACAUUUUCAGUAAUAUGAGGGGCUGUGAUGGGCAGAGGGUUUAUUUCGGGGGCUGUUCAUGCAUUGCACUUAAUGGAAGCAUUCUUAGUAGGGCAAAACAAUUUUCGUUACAGGAUGUAGAAGUCACGGCUGCAACUAUUGAUUUGGAAGACAUUAGAGCCUACCGUAAUCAAAUUCGAUCUUUCGCGCAUUUGGCGGCCCAGAGCCCCAGUUAUCCCAGAGUAGUGAUAGAUUUUUCCUUGUCCUUGGAACAAGAUGCUACGCUUCCCAUUGCAAGCUCAAUAGAGUGGGCGUACUUGAAACCUGAGGAAGAAAUAGCUAAAGGUCCGGCUUGUUGGUUAUGGGAUUAUUUGAGGAGGUCUGGUCAAGGUGGCUUUUUCCUACCCCUAAGUGGGGGUGUUGACUCCUCCAGUGUUGCCAUUAUCGUUUUUUCCAUGUGUAGAAUGGUGGUUGAUACCGUUCAAAGAGGAGACACCACGGUUCUCUCCGACGUGCGCCGCCUCCUCGGCGACCCGGAAUACACCCCUCGCACGCCGUCCGACUUGUGUAACAGAAUCCUCGUGACCUGUUACAUGGGUACCGAAAACUCCUCCAAAGAAACCAAACAAAGGGCUGCCGCCCUCGCCGCCUCCAUCGGUAGUUACCACAUGCACAUCGUCAUAGACAAAGCAAUCACUGCCAUUAUUGAAAUAUUCAGCGGCGUGACUGGCCUUUUCCCCAAAUUUGCCGUCAAUGGGGGUUGUCCGCGCCAAAACGUUGCCUUACAAAACAUCCAGGCACGUUUGCGAAUGGUGCUGUCGUACCUUUUCGCCCAGUUGAUGCUCUGGGCCAGGAACCGACCUGGAGGGUUGUUGGUUCUGGGGUCUGCCAACGUGGACGAGGCGCUCAGAGGGUACAUGACGAAGUAUGAUUGUUCCAGCGCCGAUAUCAACCCCAUCGGGGGGAUCUCUAAAACCGACUUGAGGAGGUUCCUUAAUUACGCGAAGGCGCAGUUUAACAUCCCCGUGAUUGGAGACAUCGUGGAUGCACCUCCAACUGCGGAGUUGGAGCCGCUGCAAGACGGGAGGUUGGCGCAAACCGACGAGGAGGACAUGGGGAUGACGUACGCGGAGUUGAGCCAGUUCGGGAAGUUGAGAAAAAUCGAGAAGUGUGGGCCGUUUUCGAUGUAUUGUAAAUUGGUUCAAACGUGGAGCGGGAGUUGCAGUCCUAGGGAAGUCGCAGAGAAAGUGAAGCAUUUUUUCAGAUGUUAUGCUAUUAAUAGACACAAGAUGACGGUGUUGACGCCUGCGUAUCACGCCGAGAAGUAUAGUCCUGAUGAUAAUAGGUAUGACCAUCGGCCGUUUUUGUAUAGGGCGAAUUGGUCGUGGCAGUUCAGGGCCAUCGAUAAACAAUUGGAACAACAUGUUCCCGUUAAAAGAUCGAACACUGGAAAUGUCACCCAUUCGAAUAAAAAAGUGGACAAUUCGUCGCGCAUGCGCGCUGGAAUCACUGUGUAACGAAAGGGUUCCCCGUAGUAAGUGAAACGUCGUAUUUAUUUAUACAACUUUAGGAGAAACUUACAUAUUUUGUUCUACAAAUACAAUAUUUCAUUGAGAAUUGUAAGAAUACAAAGUUAUUACAAAUAAAUUUAUAUUGUCCAUCAGUGUUAAAGCUAAUACAUUAUUGUAUGUUUUAUUUUUUUAAUAAAAAACAAAGCUUACUUA